AAUAAUAUGACUUUAUGCCGUGCAAUAUUAGCUGCUUUUUUAGUAUUUGAUAUCUCAUUUAGGUGUACCAAGUAGGGUGAGAUUGUUAAAAAAAUAUCUAUCUAUUGGGGGCUGGAUAUCUAAAUCUUAUUCUUGCACAUAUGUACUUACACAUUGCCAUCUCUUUUCUGUAUGUCUACUCAGUCCAUAUGUUUUGGUUGAUUGUACUAUUCUAUAUAUACUUCUAAUGGGUUGGUCUGUGCAGACCCAUUGUAGUUGUGACAAUAUGGAGCUUUAUGUUUUUGAACUUAGUUGUAAUGGAUGGUUGAAAUGAGACUUGGUUGUUGAUUGUUGGUUUUAAAGCUGUUGGUUUUGAAUGCCAUUUUUAUGGGUUGGUCUGUGCAGACCCAUAUUGGUAUGAUAUUUUGCCAUUUUGAAGUUAAACUCUCUCUUGUCCGAAUUGUCACAUUUCUCCUUCAAAAUAGAUUGCAACUUUAACGUGCUCUAAAUAUUAAAGAAUAUUUAUUGUGCUAAACUAUUAGAAUCUGAGUUAUUUGUCCCCCCUUUCAUGCAAUCUUCGUUUCCUUUAUUAUGUCAUAACUUGGACUAUUUAAUUGGAUGCAUGGUUUACUCUUGUGAUUAGUUUAAGCAUGUGAUAUGCUGGAUGCACAUGCAGUGAUAUUCAUGGAUUAAUAUCAACAUACUAUAUUCGGAUUCAACAUUCUAUUUGUGGAAAUGGUAAACCAUAUUUUAUUGUGGGGUCCACUAGCAUCUAGCAUAUAUUCUCUUUUUAUUGCCAAUCUAAUGAUCAUGUAGGAAAUUUUUACAUGCAGUGGGGUCCUUGCUUAAUAUCAAAUAUACCUAAGAGCUAACUGUUAUAUCAUAUUAUACAUUAUUAAAAACAUUAUUUUUUCACAAAAGUUCAUGCAAGUGUUAAUUAGGCUGUGAUUAACAUCAUUUUGGGUCCAUUGCAGUGUCUCGGAUCUGUGGGGGAAGGGGGAGUAUUAUUAGGCAAUGAUGAUGGUGCUUAGUUGUUGUUGUUUCACAAGUGUUAAUGGGGUCCCAUCAAUAUGGCGGGGUAAUCCCCACCCAGAUGGACAUAUUGCAGUUUGUGGUACUUUCCACAAAAGGCAAUCGGGGUUUGGGUGGGGUUUUGCAGCCAUUUGAUGUUUGGCAACUUUGUUACGCAUGCUGUCAAUAUUUACACCAUACUGAGCCACAUUUAUAAAUAUAUAUCCACAUAUUAUUUAGAUCCGGAUGGGGAUGCUCUUAUUUCUUGAAUUCUUAUGAUUUGCAUGUUGUUUGGUUGUUGUUUUCUUGUUAUGUUGUAAUACAAUUGGCUUGUGGUAACUAAUCGAACUCGGCUGUGAUGAUGUUUUCGACUUGGCACGCAUUCCGGAAAUUUGUUGGCACCUCAAUGGCUAGGUAACCCGGACGGCCAUCAAGUAGUGGCAACCGAACGUUGCAGCCAUGAGUGGGUGGCCAAAUUUCCAUUAUGUCACCAAUCGGUUUCUGAGCCAAUGACCCCGACCCCCACCCCGACCCCAAACUUGUUGGUUCUAACAUUUAAACAUUUUUGAAGAGAUGGAUUCACAAGACCAUGGACAUAUGUACUUCACCAACCUCCUUAGCCAAGAUCCUCAACUCGACCCCACUUCCGGUGGGCAAAGUGGAUCCUCCCCUAUGACUCUUGGUGACUCUCCACCCCUACCCCCUAAUGAGCCUAUCGGCAUUAGGAAAUCAGUCAGGGGUGCGAACUUCACCCCUGAAGAAGACAAGUUACUUGUCUCUGCAUGGCUAAAUUGUAGCCUUGAUGCCGUCCAAGGAACGGAUCAAAAACACUCCCAACUUUGGGAAAAAAUCUUUGAGUACUUUCAGCAAUAUAAGGAAACCACAAAUGAGCGGACAAUAAAGUCUCUAAUACAUCGGUGGUCAGUUAUUCAAAAGGCCACAAAUAAAUUUUGUGCGAAACUAGCUCAGAUUGAAGGGUUAAAUCAAAGUGGCAUGACCGACCAAGACAAGUUUGACAAGGCGAAGAUUAUGUACCAGUCGUUAGAAAAAUGCACCUUUCAGUUCGAGCAUUGUUGGCACCUAUUGAAGGACCAACCUAAGUGGAUUUGGCGCGCCACAAAGGAGGAUCCAAAGCGAAGGAAGACGAUGUCCCCAUCCCCGACCCCGACCCCGACUCGAUGUUCCGCGGCUACGGAGGAUUCAGUUUUUGAUCUCGAGACAGAGACAGUGAUAGAGAAUGAGGUUAUCGAAUUGGACCGGCCAAUGGGAAGAAAAGCUGAAAAAGGAAAACGAAAGGCCCAAGGCAGGCAAGCUGAGGAAAAUUUCCAACUCAGAAAGAUGAAGUAUACUAUGUUAGAGGAGUCACGCGCUCAGGAGAAAGAGUUUUAUCGCCUGAAGGCCGAGAAGAUGGAGUAUGACAAGGAGAAAGAGGAAAAAAAAUUGCGGCUUGAAGAUGAAAGACUGAGGUUGGAGGCAGAGAAGAUUAAAAUUGAAGCUGCAAAAGAGCAAAGUAAAAUCCGUCAAGAGGACGAAAGGCUGAGGUUGGAGGCUGAGAAAGUGGAGCUUGCGAAGAAGGAAUCAGAUCAGCGCAUUAUGAUGAUGGAUGUGAGUGUCAUGCCAGAAAUGCAGCGGCUAUAUUUCGAGCAACUCCAGAGGGAAAUCAUCAUGAGACGAAGUCAUGCCCAAGGACCGGAUUGAUUUUAUAUUUAUGUAUUUGAUAUUUAUUUAGUUUCGGACAAUGAUAUAUGUGUAAAAAGUAAAAUUGAACAUUUUUUGUACUUAUGAUUAGUGAAAGCACCAAUGA